AUCCGCAGAAGCUCACUCUGAAACCGCACGAAUCGCUGAAUGCCGUGGUGCAACACGAGAUGAAGGAGCUGGGCGAGCAUACCCUGGCCUGCUCUGUCAGCUACGUCAUCUCCAGCCCCUCGGGUCUACGUCUCCCUGAUCAGCAGGUCAUCUUGCCUCGGCAAUCCAACCCCACAGGUAGUCUUUCCUCUCCCCGCUUCCCUGCCACAUACCUUUCUUUCUUGUUUUCCUAUUCCGCCUAG